AUUAAGUAUUAUCUACGCUAAACGGUGGCGUUUUAAUAACAACGUUCGCCAAUUUCAACUUACACAGUAGUACCCAGCGGCAAUCGCCAAUCCCCAAUUCCGUGCCCUAAUGUUCUUGCUUUUCAUGAUUUCUUAAUUGUUGAUAACUUCAGUGAAAUCGCGCGUCCUUUUUGUUGAAUUUUUUAUCUAAUCGGCGUCGAGAAGCGGUUGCCUCGAGUUUCAGUGGCAGUUUGUAUGACAAUUUAACUUGUUCUGGAGAGAUUUCAAUUUUCAAACCUCUGAAAAAACUUCGAUUAACACAAUAGCUGCGAUCUAUCAGCGUAGUAAGUGAAGGAGAAGUAAAACAUCUAAUAUGGCGGAUCAAGGUACAGAAUCGAUUCUUCAAUUCGCACCCUUUCAAAGUGCAGUUGACGAGGGGUUUUGGCAUAGGUUAUCAUCGCUGAAGCUUAACAAGCUGGGAAUUGAUGAUUCUCCCAUUCCUAUCACGGGUUUUUAUGCACCUUGCUCACAUCCUCAUGUAUCGAAUCAUUUAACUCUUGUUUCUGAGUCUUUACCUUCUGAAUCUAGUGAACAUUUUAGGCCAGAAAUAAUUCGUGGGAAUAGAAAUAGGUGUCCUGUUCCUGGCAUUCUUUAUAAUACGAACACAUUGGAGGGAUUCCAGUCACUUGACAAACAAAGCUUAUUACGGGCCGAAGCAAGAAAGAUCUGGGAGGACAUUCGUUCAGGCAAAGUUGAUGAGGACAACAGUGUUCUUUUAAGAUUUAUUGUCAUUUCAUUUGCGGACCUAAAGAAUUGGAGCUUUCAUUACUGGUUUGCUUUUCCUGCUUUGAUUCUUGACCCUCCAGCAACUUUGGUUGGUCUAAAGCCAGCUGCUCAGUGGUUUAGCGUAGAAGAGGCAGAAUCAGUGACUGCUGCUUGCAAUGAUUGGCGUAACAUGUGCUCAACAACAGAUGUGCCAUUCUUCCUGGUUUCUAUUUCAUCAAACUCUGCUGCGAGUAUUAGGCAUCUUGUUGAGUUUGAUGCCUGCCGAAAGAAUGGUGAUAAGGUCCUGUUUGGAUUUUAUGACCCUUGUCAUCUUCCAAAUAAUCCUGGUUGGCCUCUUCGAAACUACUUAUGGUAUAUUAGCAGAAGAUGGAGUCUUGAGAAGGUUCAGUUUUUCUGCUAUCGUGAGAGUCGUGGCUUUGCCAAUCUAGAGUUAUCUUUGGUGGGUGAAGCGUCAAUAUCAAAUUCACAAGAUUCGAGAAACGAUCAGAAUAUGCCAAAUGCUGUUGGUUGGGAACAAAAUAAUAGAGGAAGAAAGGCACCGAGGUGCAUCAGCCUUGCCAAGACAAUGGACCCCACUAGGUUAGCCAUUUCAGCUGCAGAUUUGAACUUAAAGUUAAUGAGAUGGCGUCAACUGCCUUCAUUAGAUCUCAAUGUCUUGUCAUCUACAAGAUGUCUUCUUCUAGGAGCAGGUACACUUGGAUGCCAGGUUGCUCGAAUGCUUAUGGCAUGGGGUGUGCGAAAGAUUACACUUCUCGAUAGCGGCAAAGUGGCAAUGUCGAACCCACUGAGGCAGUCCUUGUAUACCCUGGAUGACUGCCUCAAUGGUGGUGAAUUGAAGGCUGAAGCAGCAGUUAAAAGUCUAAAAAAAAUAUUCCCAGCAGUGGAAGCGGAAUCUGUUAUAAUGGCUAUCCCAAUGCCGGGGCAUCCUGUACCAAGCCAAGAAGAGAAUAGUGUGCUCGAAGAUUGCAAGCGUUUGCAUGAGUUGAUUGAUUCUCAUGAUGCAGUUUUUUUGCUAACAGAUACACGAGAAAGUAGGUGGCUUCCAAGUCUUCUUUGUGCCAAUGCCAAUAAGGUCACAAUUACCGCUGCACUUGGAUUCGAUAGUUUUCUAGUUAUGCGCCAUGGAGCUGGUCCACUGAGCUCUUCUCCUGAAAUAAAAGCUAAAGCUACGAAUGAUUUAUCUGCUGAAAUUGGAGCCCUCUCCCUCAAGGACAACAUCAAGGGACAGAGAUUGGGGUGUUACUUUUGCAAUGAUGUUGUUGCUCCAGUUGAUUCAACUGCCAACCGUACAUUGGACCAGCAAUGCACAGUUACACGUCCAGGGUUAGCUCCGAUUGCGUCAUCUCUUGCAGUUGAACUUCUUGUGGGCAUUCUUCAUCAUCCUUCUGGGAUUUUUGCUAAAGCUGAAUUUGCAAGCUCAAUUGAUACUGGAAGUGAGCAACCUCUCGGUAUUCUCCCCCAUCAAAUUCGGGGAUCGAUAUCUCAGUUUUCUCAGAUGACCCUCGCCGGUCAUGCCUCAGCCAGUUGCACAGCUUGUAGCUCCACUGUGGUUGAAGAAUAUGAAAAGGGGGGGUUGGAUUUUAUACUUGAAGCAAUUAACCAUCCAACUUAUCUGGAGGAUAUAACUGGGCUAACCGAACUGAUGAAAUCUGCAGCCUCUUUUCAAAUCGGCUGGGAUGACGAAACUGGCGACGAGGAUGACUUUGUUGAAAUUUAACAUAGUUUAUGAUUUGGUGUUGCUGUUAAAUUGACUUAAUUUUUCUAUUUCUUUUUUAACCUUGUAUAAGAAACAAAUAAAAACUAAUACAAAUCCAUGUAUUCUUUAACUC